AUGUGUGUUCUGGGUAGCAAGUUCCACUUCAAGAAUUGUUUACAAGGUCUCCUGAAGGAGGUUGGGAUAGCAGCUCGCGUCGCGGUUUCAACGCGCACGCGCUCGCGUAAAGUGGUUUUGCUUCCGCCCGGGGUUCGCCCGGAGCCCCCUCCCAAAUGGUCCCUCAAGCCAAGCAGCUUGUUGCAAUCAAUGACAUCCUUCAUCAUGCCUUUCCAUACCUCAACACCCUCCAGAACGAAGACGCCGCGCGAUAGGAUACCCAUACCUCCGCUGGCCAAGAUUCCGGAACGACUUCCUCUCCCAUUUCUCGAACUCCCAAGAGAGAUUCGCGACCAUAUUUAUACCGACAUUCUCGCAGGGUCCUCGAACGCGGUCACAUUAUCACCAUGGUCUAUCGAAGUAGCACGCUCGCUGUCGAUAUUGCGAACUUGCAAACAGAUCCAGCGAGAAUGCAAGGAUAUAAUAUGGCAACACAACGGUCUUCGAUUGCGUGAGCCGACGCAGCUCUUUACAAGGUUCAAUGGACUUUUGAAGGUCGAUGACGUACGUCGGAUUGAGCAUAUCGAACUUACUCUCGAACUCCUCGAUCGCGGUGAACUCGAAUGGAUGUGCGGUGGUUUGAAAGCUUUCGCAGAUCCGAAAACAUUAAAAUCGAUUACUUUACUUGCAAUCAACGACCGACCUCGUGGAAUCAAAGAAUAUGAAGAAGAAUUGGACUUGAUGUGCUCAGGGGACUUGGUUGAUGGUCGACUGUUUGGAGGAGGCCCAGAUGAUGCCGGAAGCAGCCUGAUAUUGAAGACUAGCUGGCCGCAUUUUUCGCAUUGGGGAAAGCAGCGGUGGCUGAGGGAGAUGCUGCUCGAUCGAAGCGAUACAACUGAUCUUUUGCAGAAACUACAUAUGAUAUUUGGUGGUAAGCUCUUUGUGGAUGGCGAGUUGUAUCCCGCUGGUAUGAAGCCAAGGCAUUGCGAGCUAAAUCCAAGAGACGGUGAGAUAAAAAUUGUUUUGGAUUAAAAGCCAGAAUUAUUCUGUUCUUGUUGUAUUGGGCCACCUGUUUUAAUACCCCAAUUAUUAUUACCAACCACUUCGUUGAUGAAAAAAGUAGCAGUAAAUAGCCUAGUUUUCACUUCAUAAUUACACUUCAUUUUCUUAUCUUUCUUACGUAACGGAACAAUCAACUGAGUAUUCUUGGAGCACUAGAGUGGUUGUUCUAAAAUAUUAGCUGAACAAGAUAUGUUUUACCUCGAGUUUUACGAGAAGUCAUUAUUGAUACUAGUAUAUCUCUUUUUUCACUCGUUACUUUGUUUUACUUACUGCCAAGUUUCCGCAGAGUUGGGAGGCGCAAGAUUCUCGAUAAUUCGAUACUGCCAAAGAGCGUACCUUGAACUUAACUGCGCAGCAAGAGGCCUUUCUACAAAGCCUACAUGAAAACAUUUUUAUGCUAGGAAAACUAAUAUAAUUAAAAAGUAGUUUAGAAUACCUUAGCUUUUACUUACGUUACAAUGUUCCUUCUCCAUUAAGCGAGGUACAUUAGACCAAUCAAGUUAAUCACCGUGAAUAACGACCCUAACCUUCCCCCAAACUUUCUAGCCAUUACAUUUCUCCUCAACCUCGUUCUACUCACACUCCCUUAGGACUUCAAAUCCCUUGCGACAAGAAGUCCUAAGCGAAUCUUUUCUGGCAUACACAAACAAUACUAAUGCUCACAUCAUAGCUACUUGCUCUGCGACCGGGUGUCGAGGGUGUGGCUGAAGGUAAAGCAAACGAUCAAGUACAGCGACCUCUUUAAGGCCACACAUUUUUGCCUAGGUGCCUAAUCUCUCCUAUAAGAUCCUACUUCACUUCCCCACCCUCUUUAAGAUCCCCUCACAUUUGAAUCUACUCCUCGCCAGCCCGAUCUCUAGGAACAACUCUCCUCUUUUCACCCUCCCGCCUCUCUGUAAACACCUUGAAAAUACCCAUUGGUACGUCAUUUCCCUUCUCUUCUUUUUCCCUUGGAUGCGCUUCGAUCUGUGAAUCGUCAGGUCUAUCACACGUUGAACUCUAGUGAAUGAUUCUGACCUUUGAUUAGUCCGCAGGCUCAAUUGGCCUUCGCAUCAAACUCACUUUCAAGAAACAAACACGCUACGCCAACAGAUCGAAACUAUGGCGCGCAUCAAAGAGGUUUCGGGCCUAGAAGUAGAGAUCGUUGUCGAUAGAAAGCCCGUCCAAGAGGUAGUGAAGAUCUAAUAAGACAGCCUAACAGUCGUGCGCAUUCAGUCUAUUCCUGGACGCGAGUUCGCUAUCCUUACUCGCCUCGCAUCGCCUUUUGAGAUUGCGUAUACUGCUAUCAGCUUCAAAGUUCAGGUUAAUAGCGUCAAAGUCAUGGGCACGAAGUUUACCAAGAAGCGGUACGAAGAAAAGAAACUCUUUAAGGAGCGGGUGAUUGAGGGAGUAAAAGAAGGUGGCGUGGACGGGGUCGUAUUAAGGUCCUUCAAAUUUAGAGAGCCUCUAGAGAGUAAGUUGCUAUGUUCCUAGAUAUACUUUUAGAGAUACUUACUCCUUUUCUAGAUUACAAUAACGAUAACGCUACCUUGAAUACCCCUGCCAUAGGCAAGAUCAUCGUCCAUGCCUGGGAGGCUAAAAUCAAAGGUGUCGUCGACGCAGUUCCUGAGCAAGGGUUGAUAAAGAGCGAAGGUAUAUCGUAAGUCACUGCUCUAUGACCCGCGAACAGAGUCCGGCAUAUGACUAACUAUCAUAGACACGGAGACCCAAUGCUCGCAAAGGAGACAGUUGUCUAUUCAAUCAAGAAUGUUGGUACAAAGCCAAUUGCCAGCUUCGUAUUCGAAUAUUCGAGCGAUCCCCUGCCUCUUCUGAAGAGAAACAAGUUGUAUAGUAUACCCUUGUUCACGCCAGGUGGCUCCGAAGGACCAAGUACACCGGAGUCAUCAGGACGCAAGAGAGAGCGGGAGAUUGUGGCACUGAAUGAGGUUUGUAGUUGCACCUCCAUCUACUCGUAGAUGAUUUCUAUUAACAUCUCACACAGGAGACACCAGCAAAACGUCGUCAAAUACCAUCUACUAACAUAGCUCAAAACAAAAAGGACCAAGAGUCUAUCGAGGACGAGCAUAACUACCACAUAGCUUCGAUGCUAAUGGGAUCCGUAUAACAAAAGAAAGCACAACCUCCUUCUCACAAGAACACAAAAAACAACAUCCGAGCAUUAAUUGAAGACGAUAACGACAACGACGACAGCUCCUCAACCAUGCCAGCUUCUUCCCCACCUUUACGCAUAGCAAAAAUAGCCACACCAGCAAAAACAGCCACAACAGCAAAAUCAACACCUCAAAAGGCUAUCCCCGCGAUCCCACAAACACCCAAGAAGACACCCGUCAGUGGUCUCAAGCUCAAGCCGAGGAACACCCCGCAAAAGCGUGCAACCGAGACGAUAGAUCUGACCGGCGACUCUGACUAG